CACACCUCCACCAUAACAUAAACAAUCGGUAUUUCGGAACACAUGUUUAAGUGGAAAGAAGUAAUGACACAUGCUGAUAUAAAUCGUUAUUUCUUCUUGUCGGUCAGUUGCAUUCUGCCGGCAAAAAGUGCGUGAUCGUGUUUGAAGUAGAAGUGAUGGUCUUUGAUUGAUUAUUGACUGCGAACACAAAAUGGCAAAUUCUUUGUUGUUGCAAGCGGGUUUAUUGAUUUGCUCGAUUUGUGCAGUUAGGAGUGAGGUUUUCACUGCACUUGCUGAUUUAGAGGAUCUACUAGAGACCGAAGCGCUACUAAUCAACACUCUCGAAAAUUAUAUUAAAGCGGAAGAAGAAAAAUUAGGGUAUUUGAAGAGAUAUGCGGCAAUUUACAAAAAUCAGCACGACAAAGCGUCAGAAAACGUGCAAGUGUACGUCGCCAAUCCGAUUAAUGCUUACACUCUUGUUAAAAGACUGACAGCGGAUUGGCGAGAAGUGGAAAAUUUGAUCAACAGUGAUCUGAGUUUAGAUUGUUUAGCGAAUAUAACUCAUAUUAAGGAAACUAUGAAAUUUCCGACUGACGAAGACCUUAACGGGGCUGCCGUAGCCUUGACUCGCCUCCAGGACACCUACAGACUUGACACCUCGUCGUUGGCUCGCGGCGAACUAAACGGAGUGAAAUACAGCUCCGAACUGAGCGCUGCUGAUUGUUUCGAAUUAGGCAGACAAUCCUACAACAAUGAGGAUUAUUAUCACACCCAAUUGUGGAUGCGAGAAGCCGACGCUCGGCUCAAGCGAGAGGCUAAUGAAACGGUAGACAGGAGCGAUAUAUUGGAAUACUUGGCUUUUUCGACGUACAAACAAGGUAACAUCCCUCUAGCACUGGAUCUCACAAACAAACUCCUCGAAAUACUCCCAAGUCAUCCACGCGCACUUGGAAACAAGAUCUACUACGAGGAUGAGUUACAGAAAUCCGUAAAUACGAAGAAAAAGGGAGAUGAUGGAGGGGAGCCUGAAGGGGAAUCUAAACCAUACGUUGAUCCUUACGGACGGGAGUUUUACGAACAGUUGUGUCGGGGGGAAAUUUCCCUCCCGGUGGAGAAAGCCUCCAAACUGAAGUGUUUUUACCUCAGUAGGAACCAGCCGUUCCUUAAAAUUGCUCCCUUCAAAGUUGAAGAAGCUCACCACAGGCCUGAUAUUUUCAUUUUUCGGGAUGUGUUGGCCGAUAGCGAGAUUGCAACGAUCAAACGAAUGGCACAACCUAGGUUUAAGAGAGCCACCGUUCAAAACACUGACACUGGCGAACUAGAGAUCGCCCAAUACAGAAUCAGCAAAUCAGCCUGGCUCAAGGAGGAAGAACACAAACACAUCGCUGAUGUUUCCCAAAGAGUCAGCGAUAUGACAGGGCUGACAAUGUCAACAGCUGAGGAACUCCAAGUCGUCAAUUACGGAAUUGGCGGCCAUUACGAACCCCAUUUUGAUUUUGCUCGGCGAGACGAGAGAAACGCCUUCAAAAGCCUGGGAACUGGCAACAGAAUCGCAACCGUGCUCUUCUACAUGAGCGACGUGGAGCAAGGCGGCGCCACGGUUUUCCCCAGCAUCCAGGUCUCUUUGUGGCCCCAAAAAGGCUCAGCUGCCUUCUGGUACAACCUUCACCCUAGUGGUGACGGCGAUAAAAUGACAAGGCAUGCGGCAUGUCCGGUUCUAACCGGCUCCAAAUGGGUUUCGAAUAAGUGGAUCCAUGAGCGAGGGCAAGAAUUUCGGAGGCCUUGUACUUUGGAAAGACCCAGUGAGGACCUAGUGGCGAGUGUUACAAGUAGAGAACAUAAAAUGAACAAUUCCUUAUUUUUGCAAACAGUUCUGCUGUUCUGUUCGAUUUACACGACCAGAAGUGAGGUUUUUACAGCAAUUGCCGGUUUGGAAGACCUUCUACAAACUGAAUCCCGUCUUAUCCACACUUUAGGAAAUUAUAUCAAAGAUCAAGGAAAGAACUUGGAAAUUUUAAAACGUUAUUACCAAAAUUACAAAAAUCAUUAUGACAAAGCGUCAAAAAACGUUCACCUGCACGUUACUAAUCCCAUAAAUGCCUACAUUUUAAUCAAGAAACUAACGCUUGACUGGAAAAGAGUCGAAGUUCUGAUCACGAGGAGCCAUAACUUAGAAUGGAAGUCACGCUUGAAAAAUAUUAGGAAAACGAUGCAAUUUCCCACCGAAAGAGACCUGGAUGGGGCUUUAGACGCCCUAAUCCGCCUCCAAGACACGUACCGACUGGACACCGCAGCCCUGGCUCGGGGCGAAAUAAGCGGAGUCAAGUCCAGCUCGGAACUGUCCGCUGAUGAUUGUUUCCAAAUCGGUAGAAAAUUAUACGAGACUGGCGAUAAUUAUCACACGCAGUUGUGGAUGAAGGAAGCCGAUGCCAGGCUCUGGGAAGAGGGUGGAACGGUACGGAGGAGCGAUAUAUUGGAGUAUUGGGCUUAUUCGGUGUAUAAACAAGGUAACGUCUCCCUGGCAUUGGAUCUUACGAACAAACUUCUCGAAAUCCUCCCAUAUCAUAGUCGGGCACUCAGGAACAAAUUUUAUUACGAACAGGAGUUACAGAACCCAGUUGAUAAGACGAAAAAAGACCAGGAUCACGUAGAAGAUGUUGAAAAGGAAGUUUAUAAAAAGUUAUGCCGGGCUGAGAUUUCGCUCCCGGAAGCGAAAUCAUCUAAACUUAAGUGUUUUUACCAAAACAGUAACCACCCAUUUCUUAGGAUUGCCCCCUUCAAGGUUGAACAAGCUCACUUGGACCCUGACAUUCUAAUCUUCCACAAUGUCUUGUCCGAUUGUGAGAUUGAAACAAUGAAACAAUUGGCACAAUCUAGGUUGGUAACGGCCGUUUUUGAAAAUCCCCACUCCAAACAACUGGAACUGUUCCCGUUCAGAAUCAGCAAAGUCGCUUGGCUCGAAGACCAAGAACACCAACACCUGGCUGUGGUGGCACAAAGAGUCGCCCACAUGACAGGACUAACACUGUCAACGGCAGAAGAGUUCCAAGUGGUUAAUUACGGUAUUGGUGGUCACUACGAGCCACAUUUUGAUUUUCAGUCAACUGUGGAUCCUGCCAUUGGCAGUAGAAUCGAAACUGUGCUGUUUUACUUGAGUGACGUGGAGCAAGGUGGGGCUACUGUUUUUCCCGAAAUUCAAGUCUCCGUGUGGCCCCAAAAAGGCUCAGCUGUGGUGUGGUUCAACCUACAUCCGAGUGGUGACGGUGAUCAAAGGACGAAACAUGCAGGAUGUCCGGUUCUAAUCGGCUCGAAAUGGAUGGAUCCACGAACGCGGACAGGAGUUUCUCAGACCUUGUACUUAAAAUUUGUGGUGAAAUAAAAUAAAUCGCAUUCCCAGCAG